AGUCUGUCUCUCAGUACUUUCUGUUUAAGGUAUGAAUCGUGAAAAAAAUGUUUUCUAAUGAUUAAAUGGUUUUUAAAUAGCGAAUUAAACUCAAAACAAGAGUUAAUACAGCAUUUUGUAAAGGACUAUUUUCAGCUGCACAUUAAGCGGAACAAUUCACUUUACAUACAAAUCGGAGUAUCUGGAAUACCAACUCACAAACUGUGACAUUAGACAACUCUGUCAGGUUUUUGUGGGUUAUGAGAAAACAUGUGAUUCAACAAGCCAUUCAGGUUUUAUUAUACCUUCUAUUUCACUUACAGGUUCCUUAGAGUUGAGAUACCUUUGACAAGGUGCAUCACAUUUUUAUCACAAGCCAAUCAGAGCAGACUGGGCUUUUUUUUGGUAGGAAGGUUCAAAGAGACAGGCACUAACACGGAGUGUUUCAGAGAGAGGGUGAAUACAGGUUCAAACAGUAUGAGAGAAAAAAGUGUUUUUGAACAUUAAAAAUUUUUACAUUUUACAAGUAGAAACCCCAAAUACAACCAUUAACCUGAGAUUCAGCAUAAUAUGUCACUUUCAAAUUCAGGCACCGUGUAUGACUCACUACAAAAUGAUAUAUAUUUUCAAUUGUGUGUUGUUUUAAUUGACCAUGUGACCAUUUGAAUUAUGGGAAAUCUGACAGAUUUUAAGUCAUUAUUGUGCCACAAAUAAAACUUCCUUGCAGCUCCUUAGAAUUUACAUAAAUAUAUUCUGUAAUGGGACAAAUUGUAUCUUGUUUAAUGUAAUACUGACGGGGAAACCAUUUAACAGGUUUUAAAUUAAAACAUUUUUUUAACGUAUACGGGUAAAAAAACAAUACACCAUAAAAUCCUUCAUGAACUGCAGCAGCAGAUUCCCAUACCAGAACUCAAAACAGCAAUUGUCCCUGGUUGUUGAACUAAUUAUUAAAUGAUAAUUGUACACCAGGUUGAUUAUAUAGGCUACUAUGUGUGUUUGCCUCUUUGUUAGUCUGUUUGCACUUCUUUUGGAAGUUUAUGAGCAGAGAAACCUGAUUUAGCUGCAUGCUGCUGGAAGAUGCGCACAGAAUCCUGUUUUACUGUUUACGGUUCAUUCGAGUCUCAACUAUUUCAAAUGUGGUUUAAUAUCACAAAGAGUUGGUUACACCAUUUGGGGCAAUGACUCUCUUUAUACAAAAACACACUCAGUGACCCUGCAGCAGUAAUACAGCCUGUAAGUGUACGUAGUUCUGAUAAUAUGAAGUCGGUUACUCGUAGAACAGGAAGCAUCGCCACCAUCUCAACUAGUGGCGACACCCGCGGUUUUUGUUCAGCGGCCGUUUCUGCAUAAAGGCUGUGUGACUCGCAGACUCCGGUUAAAACAUUCUGUGACACGAGAUUUGAGAGAUGGCAGGUAAGGAGCUUGCCAAAGUGAGGAGUAAGUUUGUGGAAAAUGCCAACAAAGAACUGAUUAACCAGCUCCUGGACGACCUUUUAGAAGAUGGUGUCUUGAAUGAGGGCCAGAAAGACUCCGUACUUGAGGAGAACAGUACCACAGCAAACAAAGCACGCGGUCUCAUUGACAUGGUGAAGAGGAAAGGAGACGAAGCCAGCAGGAAGAUGAUCGCUCAUCUUCAAAGCAGAGAUCCUUCACUUCACUCUGAACUGGGUCUGUCCUCUGGUCAAC